CCGUGUCCUCUGUAGUUUUGAUAACCGAUCGAUUCGGUUACGAGAAAUAAUGGAAGAACCGGCGAGAAAACGGCAAAGACUCUCGGCGGCGGCGGCGGACCGCAUCAGUGCUCUGCCCGAUCACCUCCUCCACGAAAUCCUGGCCUUCCUGCCGGCCCGCCUCGCCGUCGGCACCUCCCUCCUCUCCCGGCGAUGGCGGGCGGUCUGGACGACCGCCCCCGACGUCUCCUUCACCACCCAGCUCUCCCCCUCCUUCGUCGACUCCGUCCUCCGCCAUCGCGACCCCGCCCUCCCCCUCCGCUCCUUCUCCCUCGUCGCCGCUUCCGCCGACGAAGUCGUCUCCGACCCCGACCCCGACCCCGCCCUCCCCUUCCGCUCGUGGAUCCUCCGCGCCGCCAGCCCCGCCCUACAACGCCUCACCCUCCGCCUUCCCGGCCGCUUCGACCUACUACCUCCGGCAGUCUUCCACCUCCCCUCGCUGAAGGUGCUCGAACUCCGCCUCCCGGGACGCCUCGAUUGGCCCGCCGCUGCCUUCUUACCUUCUCUACAGAGGCUCGAACUCUCUGACCUUACUUUAUUAUAUCCGGCCACCGAGGACGCGAUCUCGAACAGCUGCCCGGCGCUCAAGUGCUGGCGGAUGUCGUUCGAAUCCGCAACCCCCGAGCUCGAAGUAAAGUGCCCGCUGCUGGAGGUUUUCGAGCUACGGACGCGCGCCGGGCCGAUAGGGGGCCUCAGUAUCUGCGGGCGCAAGAUCAGGAAGGUGAGCGUGCGACAGAAGUACGUUGCUGAAUCCUUCUCCAGGCCGCCGGCGGCGGCUUAUCUGAAGCUGUCAGCGCCCGGGCUCCAGACUCUGGAGUGGUUCUGCCCGCUGCCGCGCUCCGCGACCGUCGACUCCCUCCCGGAUUCUCUCGCCUCCUCCCUCAUGUUACUGACGCCGGGCGAGCUCCUCGAUCUCGACGAGAACAGACUGCCGAACUACGGCCAUGUUCUUCCCCUGCUCAGAGUCGAUCGGUUGGUCCUGCCGCAUUGUUGGAUAAUUGAGGAGUUCAGUGUAGCAAUUUUCCAUCGACACGAUCAAGAAAAUCCGCGUGCUUGGGUGCAUGAGAAUCUCAAGCAUUUGGAAUUGAUUUGUUUCUUCGAAGGAUUUGGCUCGUUGGGUCUUGCCUUCUUGCUCAAGAAUUUCUCUAAACUCGAGACGUUGCGUGUUUCCUGUGUCAAGGAAUCGUCCAUAAAUUAUGCCAUUCACUAUACAUUAUUUCACAUACUAUUUAAGAGUAAAGGGGCUUUUGGCCGAGGAGGAUACUGGGAUUCUCAUGACUUGUCCCUCAAGCAGUUGGUUCAAGUAUCAGUGCAUGAUUUUUCAGGGGGAAGAUUCGAAUAUGACUUUUUAGAGUUCUUACCUCGAGCGGCAACUUCGUUAAGAAUGAUUACGAUCUCUGCUAAUGGCGAGGAAAUAGUUUUAGAGAAGGUUGAGCAAUUGCGACAAUCUUUUCCACACAUUGAGAUUUUGCUUCAAUUGCAUGGAAGAUAAUUUUGUUACUCUAGAAUCAUUAGCAUGUUAACAAACAAUGCUGACGAUUAGCUAGACAUUUAUUAAUUUGAUUUUAUUUUUAGUUACCUUGAGCUAAUUUAUUGUUGACCAAGGUGUUUUGUGAAAGUUAGUUUGAUUGGAUUAACGAAUCUGUAGAUCCAACGCAACUCAAGUGCAUUGAUGUUUAAGUUUUUUUUAAAUGUAAUUAUUUUUUUGUUGUUUGUUUUGACA